UUAAAUGCAAGGCCAUUUUUUCGAUACGAAUCAUUCAGUUCCACACAAGCUGCUCCGACGAACGUGUUAACUGAAAGCAUGGCGCUCCUCGCGAGAAUUGUCAAGUGUGAGACACGGUUUGCCAGAUCUUAUUGCAACGCUGUUCCAGCGGUUAAAAUAUACAUUGAUGGACAAAUAGUAGAAUCAAAGGCCACAGAGUUCACAAAUGUCCACGAUCCAGCAACAAAUCAAUUGCUGUAUCGCACUCCAAAAUGCACGAGAGACGAGAUGGAGAGUGCGGUACAGAGUGCACAGAAGGCAUACGAGAAGUGGCGGCAUACGAGUGUGCUAACGAGACAAAAUUUGAUGCUCAAGUACCAAGCUCUUAUUCGCGAACACUCGAAAGAUAUUGCGGUGAAUCUCGUGAGAGAAAAUGGAAAGACUUUAGCUGACGCGGAAGGAGAUGUACUUCGAGGUCUUCAGGUUGUCGAUGCAUGCACAUCGAUUCCGAUGCUCCAAAUGGGCGAAUCUACGACCAACAUCGCCACGGACAUGGACAUUAUCUCGUACAAAGUACCUCUCGGUGUUACUGCAUCCAUUUGUCCCUUCAACUUUCCCGCCAUGAUACCGCUUUGGUCAUUUCCGAUAUCGGUCGCAUGCGGGAAUGCCGCUAUCCUGAAACCGUCGGAGCGGGUACCAGGUGCAUCCAUGAUCCUCGCUGAUCUCUUUACGAAAGCCGGUGCACCAGCUGGCCUUUUAAAUGUAAUACAUGGUCAACAUGCAGCUGUGGAUUUCAUUUGCGAGCAUCCCGAUAUCAAGGCCGUCUCGUUCGUCGGGUCUGAUCAGGCGGGCAAAUACAUUUACAAGCAGAGUACCGCGCACGGCAAAAGAGUACAGUGCAAUAUGGGCGCUAAAAAUCAUUGCGUCGUCCUGCCAGACGCGAAUAAAAACAAAACAUUGUCGCAAAUCACCGGGGCGGCUUUCGGCGCCGCCGGGCAGCGAUGCAUGGCGCUUUCGGUGGCCAUCUUCGUAGGCAAAUCUAAGGAAUGGAUACCCGAACUAGUAGAGGCAGCGAAGAAAUUGAAGGUAAAUGCCGGUCAUGUGCCUGGCACAGAUCUAGGACCUGUUAUAUCACCACAGGCAAAGCAAAGGAUCAUCGAGCUGGUCGAAUCCGGUGUUAGAGACGGUGCAAAAUUGCCUCUCGAUGGAAGAGGUAUCGUUGUAUCCGGUUUCGAAAACGGGAACUUUGUUGGGCCCACAGUGUUAACCGACGUUAAGCCUACAAUGAAGUGUUACACGGAAGAAAUAUUCGGACCCGUUCUAUCGUGCAUGUUCACUGACACUACCGAUGAGGCCAUCGACAUCAUCAAUAAAAAUCCUUACGGCAAUGGCACGGCAGUUUUCACGACAAAUGGGGCGACAGCCAGAGCAUUCGUGAACAGAAUCGAAGCCGGCCAAGUUGGCGUUAACGUCCCCAUACCCGUUCCAUUGCCGAUGUUCAGUUUCACUGGCAAUAAAGGUUCCUUCCUCGGGGAUAUGAAUUUUUAUGGAAAAUACGGGGUAAAUUUCCAUACACAAACGAAAACAAUAACACAGCUAUGGAGAUCCGAUGAUGCCACCGAUAUCGCAUCGUCGACAGCAAUGCCUACUAUGCAAUGAGGCUGUGAUUUUACCAAAACUUCACUCAACUUCAACUAUAUUUUCCAAAAUUUCAUGAGUAAGGAUGUAUAAAACUUAA